AUGGCCGCCGAGCCACUUAGUAUAUUGCUGGCAAGCACAACCGCAUCCCUCUCACUAGAUCUAUUCACAUAUCCCUUAGAUACGAUCAAAACCCGCAUUCAGUCUCGCGAAUAUUCGCAGUUCCUGAGAACCAACACAGGAACCAGCAUAUGGAGACACCCAGGGAUAUUCCGCGGCCUUUACCAAGGUAUCGCGAGCGUAACCGCUGCCUCAUUUCCCACAGCGGGCGCAUUCUUCAUCACAUACGAGUAUGCACAGUCAGGACUCCAAGUCAUACAUCAAAAACUUGGAACGCAUGAGUCUAGCUCAGCUCGGCUCUUUUCCGAUUUUUGCGCAGCCUCCGUUGCGGAUCUUGCUGCUUGCGGAGUCUUUGCUCCGGCUGAUGCAUUAAAACACAACGCGCAGAUGAUCCAAUCACACCAUCCAGACGCAUCAGCACCUGUAGCUGGGGGAAGGGUAGGUGGUGUAGCCCAGAAAGCGACACGGCUAGCUUUCAAGAAGUUUAUCAACCCUAGACAGCUUUGGAGCGGAUACCCGGCUCUUGUGGCGCAUAGCUUGCCAGUGUCGGCGAUUCAGAUGCCUCUGUACGAGUCUUUUCGGUAUCGAAUUUUUGAAUAUAGAUUCGGAGAUCGAGAGAAGGUGCUAGAAAGACCAAGAGAGUAUGGAAAGAAAGAGGCCCAUUCGACAAUCGGAGAGGCUGCAGCGACAGCCGCAAUAAGUGCUGCGGUCUCGGGCGGUAUAGCUAGUGUCUUGACAGCACCCAUGGAUAUGGUCCGGACACGAAUCAUGCUCGAUGCUGCAGAUACAACUGCACCUCAGAAGAAAAGGAUGAUCAAUACCGUACGGGAGAUUGUACGAACAGAUGGCCCGAGAGGACUAUUCCGAGGGUGUGCUAUCAACACGUUUAUGGCCGCUGUCGGAUCAGGAUUAUACUUUGGUCUCUACGAGAGCACCAAAUGGUGGCUAGGCUCUGACUCGAUGGAUAAUUGUGCCGUGUUAGAGUAG